GAUUUUCGAACGACCAUUUUCAGCCAUGUAUUUCUCAACGGACCAGCUAACGAUUCCACACGGUCUAAUGAGGUAUUUUAUGACUUAUUAACGUGUAAUAAUACCUAAAGUAGCAUUACAAACGUAUUUCGAAGUGUUUUGUGAAAGUUUAUCGUCGACUUUUGGCAUUUUAAAAAAUGACGUUACGUUAAAAAAUGCUAAUUUUUUCCUCCAUUCCCAAGGUAUUCCUAGCUCGAUAUCUAGGCUAUAUAUGGACCGAUUUAAUCGAAAAAGACCCCAAAUGAUGUUUAUAGGACAUCUAGGAGUGCCAAGAAUGAAGCUCGUCAAAGGUGGCGAAUCGCAUCUCUGCAUGUCUGGCAGACAUCAGUGUGGAUGACGGAUCACCACCUCAAGCUGAACCUCGGCAAGACGGAGCUGCUCUUCCUCCCGGGGAAGGACUGCCCGUUCCAUGAUCUCGCCAUCACGGUUGACAACUCCAUUGUGUCCUCCUCCCAGAGCGCUAAGAACCUUGGCGUGAUCCUGGACAACACCCUGUCGUUCUCAACUAACAUCAAGGCGGUGGCCCGUUCUUGUAGGUUCAUGCUCUACAACAUCCGCAGAGUACGACCCUGCCUCACACAGGAAGCAGCGCAGGUCCUAAUCCAGGCACUUGUCAUCUCCCGUCUGGAUUACUGCAACUCGCUGUUGGCUGGGCUCCCUGCCUGUGCCAUUAAACCCCUACAACUCAUCCAGAACGCCGCAGCCCGUCUGAUGUUCAACCUUCCCAAGUUCUCUCACGUCACCCCGCUCCUCCGCUCUCUCCACUGGCUUCCAGUUGAAGCUCGCAUCCGCUACAAGACCAUGGUGGUUGCCUACGGAGCUGUGAGGGGAACGGCACCUCAGUACCUCCAGGCUCUGAUCAGGCCCUACACCCAAACAAGGGCACUGCGUUCAUCCACCUCUGGCCUGCUCGCCUCCCUACCACUGAGGAAGUACAGUUCCCGCGCAGCCCAGUCAAAACUGUUCGCUGCUCUGGCCCCCCAAUGGUGGAACAAACUCCCUCACGACAGUGGAGUCAAUCACCACCUUCCGGAGACACCUGAAACACCACCUCUUUCAGGAAUACCUAGGAUAGGAUAAAGUAAUCCUUCUCACCCCCCCCCUUAAAAGAUUUAGAUGCACUAUUGUAAAGUGGCUGUUCCACUGGAUGUCUUAAGGUGAACGCACCAAUUUGUAAGUCGCUCUGGAUAAGAGCGUCUGCUAAAUGACUUAAAUGUAAAUGUAAAUGUAUUUGCCUCAUGCAAUGGCGCGACACAUCCCCUUUCACAUAGAGUUUAUGAGGCCGUUGGGUGACAUGUCUGAGUAUGCAGGCAAUGGAAGAACAGGGACAUUUUCAGCUUGCAGGAAUUGUGUACAGAUCCUUGUGACAUGGGGCUGUGCAUUAUCAUGCUGAAACAUUAGGUGAUGACGGCGGAUUGAUUCCAUGACAAUGGUCCUCGGUAACUCGUCACGGUAUCCCUGUGCAUUCAAAUUGCCAUCGAUAAAAUGCAAUUUUCUGCAUAGUGUUGAGUCAUCCGCAUACUUUACUCAAAGCCAGUGUGGCAUAUCAUUGGUAAAGAUUGAAAAAUGUAAGGGGCCUAGACAGCUGCCCUGGGGAAUUCCUUAUUCUACCUGGAUCAUGUUGGAGAGGCUUCCAUUAAAGAACACCCUCUGUGUUCUGUUAGACAGGUAACUCUUU